AGCCCAUGCAUGACCUGUAAAUUGUUCAUCAGAUUAAAUCUGAAAAGGAAUGAACAAAACUCUAUCUCAAAUCUAUAUCUGUGAAUGGUGUGUAUUAAAACUGGUUCUAAAGCUUUAUUCCAACUAAAUUUAAAAGCUGACAUUUUGAGAGCGCGUUAACGCGGACGUCUCCUACGUCACACCGCGCCACCAAUCAGAAGAGAGAACGGGACUCGCGAGCUGGAACUGUUGAGCCGACUCUUCUCUGACCAGAGCAAGAAAGGGAAACACACAGUGUUAAACAUGGACUGGUUCCAUUGCAACCAGUGCUUCACAAAAACAGGGUUGAAGUUUGCUGUGUCCAGCUGUGGCCACAUCUGCUGUGAAGCGUGCAUUCAAUCUAAGCAGUGUGGCGUAUGUGGCUCCAGCUGCAGCUAUCUGCCCAUCACAGACACGAUGAAUCCACGGGAAAAAGUGUUUUUCAAGGAGCCAGUGAAGAUCAUCCAGUCACAGCUGGGACACAUAUCACAGAUUGCAAUUUUUCAGCGCGCACAGAUGGAGAAAGUCACAGCACACUUCAAGCGUAGGUCUGCAGAACUGGAAAGGCGUCUGAAGGAAGUCUCCGAGCAGAGUCACAGGCAAAUCUCAGAGCUGAAAAGAGAGAACGCCGACUUAAAGAAACAGCUGUCAGAGCUGAAAAGAGAAACUGAAGAUUUAAAAAGGCCGCUUUCUCAGAGGAGGGUUUCUCCAGGACACUUUCAAACUGAGGGCAGUCAGAGGAUGUCACUACCUGUGGCUGUCACCUCCCCAGUUACGCCUCGCUCAAGACCUAUGAGUUAUAUAGGGUCAGCAGAAUCCCAGAGGUGGCCCAGAGAGCGGGGUCCUAGUCUGCCUCUCACUACUCCUGGAUCAGCCACCUCUAUUUCCAGCCACAGUUCUCUUCAUGGACACAGAACGCCCACAUCCUUAAACACACCUACGAGAGCGCAGACUUCUAAUGCUUUCCAGUUCCAGUUUCUAAGUGGAUUAUCAAUACAGUCACCCAGGCACUAAUUAAAAGGACGCCUGCUCUUCUGAGGACAUGUUGUUUGUUGAGAGGUCGACAGUCAUAAAUCUGUUCAUCGCAUUCUUGUAGCAGAUGCAACUUUUUGAGUCUUAUUGUUUGCCUGGAAACUGAACCCUGUCUUGAUGUAAGGUUGUUUUAAUAUACACGGAUGUUCAGUUGAUAACAGCAUGUUGUUCUUCUGCUUUGUGGUUAUCACUCUCGUUCUGGGGAUGUAUUUCAGCGGUUUCCUCUAAAAAGCAUUUCUACAGAUUCACUUUACAGCCACUUGCAUAUUUUUCCUGCUCUCAUGACAGAAUUUGCACAAGUUAAAAAUAAAUGUAAUCUCUCUUAUCA